CCAUGCGUCGCCAGGUCUGUGUUGAGGGGACGGGAGGGUGGUGUCCGCGGCUCCCGGCUUGUGACAGCCCCGCUCGCCGCCGAUCCUUGGCCGCAGCACCGGGCAGACCAUGGAGCUUGGGAUAGCGGGGGUGCAGCGCCGUGCCUGAGGGCGAGCUGGGGCGGUAGCGCCAUGGAUAGCCGGUGCUAUGGGUGCGCGUCCAAGUUCUCCGUCUUCAAGAAAGAGUGUGGCUGCAAGAACUGCGGACGGUCCUUCUGCUCGGGCUGCCGAAGCUUCAGCGCUGUGGUUCCCCGCUGUGGAAACACUCAGCAGAAGGUGUGCAAGCAGUGCCACGGAAAACUAACUGGAGAAGGAUCUCAAAGCAGUUCAGCAAAAUGGUCACCACCAGAAAACUACAAAAAGCGUGUAGCAGCUUUUGAGGCUAAACAAAACCAGCUGAAAGACCAACAGAAGGCAGCUGCAAAACGCCCAGGUCGAGCAGGCUGCAGAUACCAGGGGCUGUCAAAAGAGGAUAGAGCUAUUGCAGAGAGACUGGAGAGGCUCAGGGAAGAAAGGAAACCAAAGUCCAUCCCUACUCAGGCUGAGAUCGAAGCUAGGCUGGCAGCCCUGAAGGAGGAUGGCCGAGGACCUGUUCCAUCCACACAGGAAAUGGAGGACCGGUUGGCUAUCCUGCAGGGUAGAGAUCCUCCUUCCCAAGCUCCCAGACCUGUGCACCAAGCCCCGGAUACCCGAAGUCUGGUCCAGCAGACAGAUGACCUGUUAACCCAACUGUCUGAGGAGGUUGCCAUUGAUGAGCAUUACAGACCAAGAGUUCAGCCUCAAGCUGCUAGUAGCCAGAGUUUGAAUGAUCUCAAUCGAGCAAGUGAAGAUUGUGUUUGCCCUGCAAAUCUGGACCCAAAACAGCUAGAGGAAGAGAAGAAUAAACUGCUGGCAGAAGCUGCUGCUGAGCUGCGGGAAGAGAACACUAGGCAGGAAAAGGUCCUACAAGUUGCCAAGAGACUGGCAGCACUCAAAGGCGAGGACCCAGAGAAAGUUACACUGGAAACCUAUAAGCUCCCUGACAGUGAUGAGGAAGUGGCUGAGGAGGAAGCCAUUCGCCGAGUGCUGAAACAGCUCACAGAGGAAGCAGCCCUGGAUGAAGCAAGUGGAUUCAACAUUCCCCCAGAUCAGACCACCCAACCAGGACCCUCACAACAGAACCCGUGUAAGCAAGCAAAGCAAAAGAGCCACACUCCAGCCACCACAGCUCCUGCAAGGGCAGAUGAUAGUGAUGAGGAUGAGUUACCCUGGUGCUGCAUCUGCAACGAAGACGCCACUUUGCGCUGCCAUGGCUGUGAUGGGGACCUCUACUGUCAGCGCUGUUUUUGGGAAGGCCAUGAGGAGUUUGACCUGAAGGAUCACCACACCUCACGCUAUCAUCUUCCUUGCAAACAGAAGUGACCACACUUAUGGGCAGAAGAGGAGCUGGAGAAUGGGAAAACAGAGGAGCCAGCCAGCUGGGAAGAAUCUAAGUGGAUUUGCAGCCAAAACGGGUGAUGUUUUGGACAGUUAAAGGAUGUGCUGUAAUUUGAGAGAGGCUUGGAGGGCAUGUGACUGGUCUUCACAAAUACACCUGAGAAGUGCAGGGUUUGCUGUGCAUGCUUGGGGAUAAAUGAGGACUUGAUAUGAGGGGGUGGAUACAAAUCCAUAAAUACAGAUGGUAAAACAAUGUGGGUAGCAGGAAAGAUGUGUGUUUAAAGCAGUACUGACUGGCUGAUAAAUAACUUCCUGCUUUUACUAACAGCUUAUACACUGGUUCAACAGGCAGCAAAACACUUUGUGCUGAGAAAAAUGUCUGCAUUGUGAUCACGUGUGUGAUGGGAACUUGCAAUGAAUAAUAAAAAUAAUUUACAGAG